AUGGCAGCGAACAUGGCGACUGCAUCAACCGUGAUAGGCUUGAGCAGUUCCUCGCUCUCACCAAAGAGGACAUGCCUCUCUUCAGGCUUUGUGAAGCCUAUUGCGGUUGGUAACCCUCUGAGGCAAGCCAGGGCUUCUGGAGGAAGGUUCACAUGCAACUUCCAGAGAGAUUGGCUGCGGAGGGAUCUGAAUGUGAUUGGAUUUGGGUUGAUCGGAUGGUUGGUGCCAUCGAGCAUACCGGCAAUCGACGGGAAGAGUUUGACAGGGCUCUUCUUUGAGAGCAUUGGAACUGAGCUUGCUCACUUCCCCUCACCUCCUGCUCUCACCUCUCAGUUUUGGUUGUGGCUGAUAACAUGGCACUUGGGGCUUUUCAUCGCCCUUACUUUUGGGCAGAUUGGAUUCAAGGGGAGGACUGAAGAUUACUUUUGA